UUAACAUAACUUUAAGUAAGAGUUUUAAUAAAAUGAAUAAAGUUUGUGGCAGUUUUAUAUCUAUUCUGCGUUUUUCCAAUGUUGAAAAAACGUACACAACAUCAGUUAUUCUCGGACGCCAGCUUUCGUAUAAAAGUGAUUUGUCACUCGACAAGCUGUACCCCAAUAGCCGACUAAAACUUUUUACACCUCCACCACCCUCAAAUACAGGUGAUAAAUUUUCUGGUUUUAUACCCAUUAAUCAACUGGAAAUUACUUAUAGUCGAAGUUCUGGUCCUGGCGGACAACACGUGAAUUGCGUAAACACAAAGGUUGACUUGCGUUUCAAGUUAGCUAGCGCCGAUUGGAUCCCUGAGAAAACAAGGCAAAAGCUUUUGGAAGCCCUACAAAAUAAACUCACCAAAGAUGGUUACUUCGUCAUAAAAAGCGAUUUAACACGGUCACAGCAAAUGAAUUUGGCUGAUGCCUUGGAAAAGCUGCGCAAUAUAAUACGUGAGUACGAAGUAGAGAAGUUAGCACCGACUGAGGAAACUUUAGAAAAGUUGCGUCGCAGACAAGAAAAGGCGGCACGUGAAAGACUAUUUGUGAAGCGACAAAGAUCAUUAACCAAAUCUUCUAGACAGGGCCCAAACAUCACCGAUAUCUAGAUUAUUUAUAGAUUUGAAUAAAGUCAGGCUACUUUUUGAAAGCAAAUAAAACGGCCGGUUGUUAAGCAUUUGUAACUUCUUUAAGUGGAAGAAAAAACAAUACAAAUAAACAAUAUUAUUAAAUUACUAUA